GCGGCGGCAGCGGCGGCGGCGGCGGCAGCAGCGGGAGUUUCCCCGACAGCUGGAGGUUGCGGCGGCGGCUCCUCCUCCCCGGGUCCCCGCUAGAGCCCAGGGACCCCCCGCGCUCCUCCUUAUUGACAAACGCACAAAGGGCCGCGCCGGGACGCGUCUAGAGCCGGUAUGGGAGACAAGAAGAGCCCGACCAGGCCGAAGCGGCAGCCGAAACCCUCCUCGGACGAGGGGUACUGGGACUGCAGCGUCUGCACCUUCCGCAACAGCGCCGAGGCCUUCAAGUGCUUGAUGUGCGACGUGAGAAAGGGCACCUCCACACGGAAACCUCGACCUGUCUCUCAGCUGGUUGCACAACAGGUUCCUCAGCAAUUUGUGCCCCCUACACAAUCAAAGAAAGAGAAAAAAGACAAAGUAGAAAAGGAAAAAAGUGAAAAGGAAACAACGAGCAAAAAGAACAGUCAUAAGAAAACCAGGCCAAGGUUGAAAAAUGUGGAUCGAAGUAGUGCUCAGCAUUUGGAAGUUACCGUUGGAGAUCUGACAGUCAUUAUUACAGACUUUAAGGAGAAAACUAAGUCACCACCUGCUUCCAGUGCUGCUUCUGCAGAUCAACACAGUCAGAGUGGUUCUAGCUCUGACAACACAGAGAGGGGAAUGUCCAGGUCAUCUUCACCCAGAGGAGAAGCGUCGUCACUGAAUGGGGAAUCUCAUUAAAGUUUAUUUCCUCCAGUUUCAUUAGUCUCUUCAAAACAUGCAAAUACGUAAGUUCUGUCACCACAUUUUCAUGACAGAUUAGUCAUGCAUAAUUGAUAUGUUGACUGGAACAUAAUGCAGUUUA